GAUUCGCUCCAUCCACAACCCGCCAUUCCUCCAUUCAUAUCCAUCUUCCUCUAAAAGCAGAGCUACCAACCGAGCCUAUUUAUUGACAUCUACUACGUCGUAAGUUAUCAACAGUAAAGGGAAAUCAAGAUACCUUUCAAAUCUCUUUCAAGUAUCAUCGCUUCGAACAGUUUAAUCGGAGAAUAACCAGCGAUUUUUGGAGGUCGAUCUUACAUUCGAGAAACACGAUCCACAACCCGGUUUUGUAACAUAUGGCGGACUCAACUACAUCAGCUCCAAAGCCAAGUUCCAGCGUCAAGUUGGUUCUUCUUGGUGAGGCAGCUGUAGGAAAGUCUUCCCUUGUAUUGCGGUUCGUGAACAAUGACUUUCAGGAAAACAAGGAACCUACCAUUGGAGCUGCUUUCUUGACGCAAAAAUGUAAUUUACCAACCAGAACGAUCAAAUUCGAGAUAUGGGAUACCGCCGGACAAGAACGUUUCGCCUCUCUUGCUCCCAUGUACUAUCGAAACGCCCAAUCCGCUCUCGUCGUUUAUGACCUCACAAAACCUACAUCACUAGCCAAAGCAAAGCACUGGGUGGCAGAGCUUCAAAGACAAGCAUCACCGGGCAUCGUCAUCGCACUUGUAGGCAACAAGCUCGAUUUGACAAAUGAGUCCGAUGAUUCCAGUAAUAACUUGGGAGAUGAAGAAUCAGCCGAAGGCGAAGAUUCAGGCGGAGAUGCGCGAAAGGUAUCAACUGCUGAGGCCAAAUCAUAUGCAGAAGAAGAGGGAUUAUUGUUCUUCGAGACUUCUGCCAAGCUUGGCACAAAUGUAACAGAGGUAUUCACGGCAAUCGCAAAUGCCAUCCCAGAGACAUCAUUGAAGGGAGCUAGAGGACCUGGAGCUACACAAGCAACUUCAGCAAGAGGAGAAGAACAGUCCAGAGUCAAUUUGACAGGGCCAAGGGAUAAUGCUUCGAAGGAGGGUUGUGCUUGUUAAUACAUCGGUCUCAUUUUUCGCGGGAUUCGUUCCAAUGUUUCCUUUAUUCGCAAUCGUUUGGGUUCCUGGGGUUUUUGGUGGUUAUUUUUGAUAUUUAUUAGCUGUUUGAUAUGAAUAUGAACCGAAUAGCAGGUAGUGAGGAGGCACAUCGGGACUAAGAGUGUUCAAGAAUAGCAUUUCAAGUUUUGGAAGUCCGUUAUGGUAGCAGCUAUGGCUCACUUUGUAACAGGAAUUUGCCACCGAUAAUCAAUAAUGACGAUCCGGCGCUUUUAGAAUUCUGUUGUCAUAAUAUGACUUUGGUUAUUAGUGAAGGUAAAACGAGUGAGCCGGCCUAUGUCCAUCCCGCCAUGGUUUUACGCACAGCUGUUUCAAGCCCUUCUACCAAAGCACAGAUGUUGCGAGGCAAUCCAUCGGAUUCUGAGGGACUCAAAUGCUUGGUGCACUUCUCCAAGUCUGGAUUGAUUCUAUUUAAGUUUAUGGCAACUAGUAAUGAUAAGCUUUUCCAUGUGGAGUUUUCACAAAGAGUAUAGAGUCCGACAAAUGUUGUUUCCA